UCUCUCUCUCUCUCUCUCUCUCUCUCACUCUCUCUCUCUCUCUUUUUCUCUCUCCCAAACAUUAUCACAGCAGUGCCACGCGUUCCUUCCUCCACAACCACUGCUUUGUCGUUUCCUUUUCCUCCUCUUUCCUUCUAUCUCCUCAUCUCUCACCAGAAGUCUGCUCAGCUCUCGUUAGGGGGAAGCGACUGGGUGUUCGAUUUCUUCCACAAUGGAAACCCAAUCUGGAAGCGGAGACGAGGAGCUGAAAGCGACGGGACACACACUGGCUGCUGACGCCAAAGAGGACCUGCAGGAGAACAGGCGCAUCGAGAGGUUUGACAUCCCGCUCACCGACCUGAAGAGCAUGUUCGAGAAACCAACAGCACAGAACACGGAAGCCAAGGGCUCGUCCUCAUCCACACGCUCUCAGAGGAGCAAGGGAUCGCCGGAGAACCAGGUGUCCAAUCAAAGUGAUGAGAUGAGCGAGUCUGCGGGCAGCGUAGGCGUUUCAGUCGGAGACCCUGAAGGUGAAGUCGAGACCGUCCCUCUCAAAGAACGACUGGCCUUGUACCAGGCUGCCAUCAGCAAGGAGGAGAAAAGCCCUGCUAGUGCGGUCAUGGAAGACUCUGAAGCAUGCUCCCUGCCGGGUGGACUGGCCAGUGUGAAGAAACAGUUUGAGAGUCAGAAAGUCAGCUCGUCUUCGUCGUCUCAAAGCACCGUCACACAAUACCACUACCAGCAGAAACAGGAGGUGACGAGCUCAUCUGAAAUGAGUGUGAAGAGUAGUGUGAAAGAGAGUCACAAUGUCAAGAUGUCACAGGAUCAGAAAACUCAGCAGAGUGUAGCGUCCAGCUUUGGGAAUCAUUUUGAUGAAAAAGUGGUGGUGAUCGGAGAUCAGGAGCUACCCCAAAUCUCCACCCACGCGCUAAAACAACAGCAUGAGAAAAACAUCGAAGAAGCCACUCCAAGCAAGCAGAUUAAGAUUGAUCUUGAUUACAACCAGUUUCAAUGGGCACCAGUAAAUUUGCCAUCUAAAGAUGCAACAGGAAGUAGUUACGAGUCUGUUUCCAAAACUAUGAAGACGACGUCCUCUAGCGCUGUCUCUUCAUCUGCCCAUUAUGAAUCUGCUGAGCAAUUUCCUCCACCACCACCAGCCACCGACCUCCUUCAGGUCCCUUUCAAAAUUCCAGGGGGGUGUCCUUCUCCCCAGCCACCUGAUCAACGUGUUCCUCAAAAAAAUCCCAUCAGCAAAGAACAGUAUUCCAAGCAGAGGAACCUCUAUGAGCUGAAGCGCUUGUACAAGCACAUCCAUCCAGAGGUGCGCAAAAACCUGGAGCGGGACUUCAUUACUGAAAUGGAGCACUCUCACAUGGACAGCGAUGAGGAAGUUAGCGGCGACGUGCAGCAAGCACGCUACGUGUUCGAGAACAAUGGCAGCAGUCCUGGCAAAUGUAUGAGCCCGGAAAGAGAAUAUUUGGAAUGGGAUGAGAUUCUGAAAGGUGAGGUGCAAUCUAUGCGUUGGGUGUUUGAGAACAAACCGCUUGAUGCCAUUAAAGAUGACACGCCAGAUGAGGACGAAAGCAGGAACAUUGCUCAGCAAGAAAUUAUUGCCGGGAAAGACGUUAAAUACACAACUUGGAUGUUUGAAACACAACCUAUUGACGCUCUGAGUACAGAACUUUCUGAUUCAAUGGAGCAUAAUAGAGAGUUAACAGACCUAGCAAGAGGAGAUGUGAGAACUGCAACCUGGUUAUUUGAGACACAGCCUCUGGACGGUAUGAAUAAAAUUUAUCAAGAGGACGAUGAAGAGGAGCAGGCGGUAUAUACCAAAGACAUUGCAGGAGGAGAUGUAAAAACUGCCAGAUACUUGUUUGAAACCCAGCAUCUUGAUUCCCUUGGUCACACUGAGACAAUUGACGAGUUGCACUUUCUACAGCUGAAGUCAGAACUGGAAGAGAUUAAAGGCGAGGUCAAAACUACAACAAAAAUGUUUGAGACGCAACCCCUGUGUGUCAUUCGAGGUGAUUCCGGUGAGAUGUUGGAGAUUACAACUGUGCGACGUGAAGAAACAGAAAAAGGUGACGUAAAAACAUCCCGUUGGCUUUUUGAAACCCAGCCUUUGGAUAUGAUUAGCAAAGACCCAACUAAAGUUAAAAUCAUUUGUGGAGUGUCCAUGGAAGAAAACUAUCAAGGUGGAGUGAAUCGAGGUAGAUGGCUUUUUGAGACAAAGACCUUGGAUCAAAUCAAAGAUGAGGAAUUGGAAAACACCAAAACUCAAAAGGAGGACAUUAUAGGAGCAGAUGUUAGAAGACAUUGCAUGGUCUUUGAGACGCAACCCAUGGACACGUUAAAAGAUAAUACCAAUGCCAGGCCAUCUGAACCAGAAGAGAUCCUUGGGGGUGAUGUAACAUCAGCCAGAUAUUUGUUUGAGACUGUGCCAAUGGAAAAUCUGAAGGAGUUGCCUGAAGUUGGGAAACUACAAAAAGUUGUUGCAUUGGAGGAAGAGAAAGGUGAUGUGAGGCAUCAGAAGUGGUUAUUUGAGAGUAAACCUCUUGAGCAAAUUAGGGAGGACAAAAAAGAAAUUGUACGUACUGUUAAGCUUCAGGAGUUAGACAAGGGUGAUGUCCUCAACUGCAAGGAGAUAUUCGAGACCACUGAUUUAAGCAAGUGCACGGAUACACAUAAGAUCGCAGUUGAAGGUGUCACGAGUGGAUCAGUAAAAUCUAACAAAGUACUAUUUGAAUCCACGCCCUUGUAUGCAGUACAAGACAGCUCAGGACAUUACCAUGAAGUAAAAACAGUACGGCGUGAAGAAAUUGUCAAGGGUGAUGUACGAAGCUGCAUGUGGAUGUUUGAGACUCGGCCAAUCGACCAGUUUGAUGACAGUAUAAACAAAUUCCAGAUUAUUAAAGGAAUUUCAAAACAGGAAAUUGAAUCAGGGGACGUCAAAACAGCCAAAUGGCUGUUCGAAACUCAGCCUCUUGAUGGGAUUAAAUAUUUCACCGACAUAGAAGAAGAGGACAACAGAAAGAACGAGUCCACUGAGAUCCAAAAGGGUGAUGUCAAGACAUGCAGAUGGCUUUUUGAGACUCAGCCAAUGGAUGAGCUGUACGAAAAAACCGAAGUAAAAACAGAGGACACCACAGAGAUCCAGAAAGGUGAUGUUAAAACCUGUACCUGGCUUUUUGAGACCCAAAACCUUGACAGUAUCAAAGAUGAAUCCGAGACUAUUUUGAAAACUUGUACGGUCAAAGAAGAGGAUGUGCAAGGCAAGGAUGUACGUCUGGCUCGCUUCCUUUUUGAAACUGAAAACUUGGAGAAUAUCAAAGGUGGUGAGGAGCAAAGCAACUUUAAGAGAGUCACACAGAUAGAUAUCGAGUCUGGAGACGUAUCAAGGAUGAAGUAUAUAUUUGAGACACAGGCACCUGACAUUAUGACCUCCACUUCUGAGGAGACCAUGCAGAAACUAAAGUUUCAUCAGAGCGAGGAUAUCCAGAAAGGAAAUGUUGUCAACUGUACCUGGAUGUUUGAAAAUCAACCAAUUGAUGCCAUCAAAGAGAACACUGAAGAAUUCCAAGAGGUCCGUACGGUGACAGAUGUUCAAGGAGGAAAUGUUAACAAAGGUCGUUUUAUCUUUGAAACAUAUUCCCUGGAUAAGAUUAAAGAGGAUUCGUCCGAGACAGAGAUCAACAAACUUCAGACAAUUACGCGAGAGGAAAUCGAAAGAGGAGAUGUAAAAAACUACACCAUGAUGUUUGAGACCCAACCACUGUACGCUAUUCGAGACAAAGAGGGACACUUUCAUGAAGUUACUACAGUCACCAAAGAGGAAAUUCUGAAAGGCGAUGUCAUCGGGGCAAGAUGGUUGUUUGAGACAAAGCCAUUAGACUCAAUAAGAGACACAGAUGAGGUUUACGUCAUCAAAGCUGUAACUGAGGAAGAUAUACAGAAGGGUGAUGUUAGUACAGCAAGGUGGAGGUUUGAAACACAGCCCCUUGAUGAAAUUACUACGGAUAUGAAGGUUACUCUAAAGACAGUUGCAGAUAUUCAGGGUGGAGAUGUCAAAACAAAUAUGCAGCUCUUUGAAAAUGAUGACAUGUCUGAGAAAUAUGUGAGAACAGUUAGUGUGAGUGAAAUACAAAAAGGUGAUGUGAGAACUGCCACGUGGAUGUUUGAAACACACACAAUUGACAAGAUCCGUGGCGAGGGUUCCGAAUACACCGAUAUGGAAAAGGUAACACGGGAGGAAGUGUUGAAGGGAGAUGUUAAACAGUCAGUGUGGCUUUUUGAAAAAGAACCUCUGGAUCGUAUUAAGGAUAGUGAUGGAACAGAAAUCGUGAUUUCUCGUGAGGAAAUUCCAAAAGCUGACGUCAAAACAACGACAUGGCUUUUUGAAAGCACCCCGCUGACUGAAUUUAAUGAGACCAAUGUGGAGAGGACAGAAAUCAUCGGCAAAAGUGUCAAGGAGACGUUAGAAGAACUUUACAGUCAGAAAAUGGUCGACUCACAUGGGAUAAUUAUAGAAGCGGAUGAGAUUGGUGAUGUCAGGAUGGCCAAGUACAAACUACUGAAUCAGGAGACUCCAGAGAUUCAAAGAGAGGAGGUUAUUCGAGGAGACCUAAAUAAAAUCAUGUUGAACCUUCUCAAUAGAUGUGAUACAACAGAGAGAGGCAUUACUAUUGAUGUAGAGGAGAGGGGAAAUAUUAACACAACUGUUAAACAGCUCUUUAGUCAAGAUAAGGAUAUUAAUGUUGAGAAGGAAGAGAUUGUUCGAGGAGACAUACAAGAAGCAAUCAACAACCUGUUGAAGAAGGAUGGAACAGCUAAACACGGUAUUUUAAUUCAGGAGGAUGAGAAAGGAGAUGUGAGGAUGACUAUAUAUUCUCUGUUGAAUAAGCAAGAUGAAAGUGAACUUGUAAAAGAGGACAUUGUAAAAGGAAAUGUCCGUGGGACUCUGCACAGGCUGUUGUACAACAGUGAUGAUAACGAGCAGUCCUCUAAAAUUCAAAUAAGUGAUUCAGAGAGAGGUAAUGUGAGUUUCUAUUCAACUUGUAUCGAGUCUGGAGCACUGGACUACCUUAGACAACUUCAGUUAGGCUCAGAUGAAACAAAUAAUGAAACAACUAAAGAAAAGAUCAUUGGAGGUGAUGUAGAGCAUACAAAAUUGAUCCUGAGAAACAAUCGCCAUGCAAUUGGAAGAACUGUGGCUGAAGAUGAUAUUGUUCCUGGGGAUGUUAAUAACACAGUGCAAGUUUUUAUGAUGGAACCAGUCCUGUCUUUGCACAAUGUCGACAAGGAGGAGAUCGUAAAGGGAGACUUGAGAGCAGCACUUGACUCACUAACACAAGCAGUGAAUCAGCGAAAAGUUGUUGAAAAAGAGGAGGUGGUCAAAGGCAACAUCAACACCACACUAAGAUCUUUGGAAGAAGCCCAGAACCAACUCAAAGAAAUGGAGAAACCUGAGAUUGUCCGUGGGGACAUCAGGGGUGCCCUUGAAAGUCUUGAACGAUCAACCACUGCUAAGACUGAAGUAUCUAUUGAGGAUGUAGUGGCUGGUGAUAUCAGGGGAACUUUAAAAUCCCUUGAGGAGGCAAAGCAGGCAGUGAAAGAUUUCGAGAAAGAGGAAAUUGUAAGAGGUGACAUCCAGGCAGCUUUAAUGAAUUUACAGGAAGCAUCGACUGAGAAAAAACUCAUUCAGCAUCAAGUGAGUGAACAGGGUGAUGUAAAGGGUACCAUCCAGAUCCUAAUGGAACCAGUCUCUUCACCUCAUAUGCAAAGAAGAGCUAGUACCGAAGGCGAUGUUAAAAUGUCAAUAAAAUCUCUUUAUGAGCCUGAACAAACCCAGAUAGACAAGGAGGAGGUGAUAAAGGGAGAUGUUCAUGGAACCAUCAAAUGUCUUAUGAAGAAGAAAGAACAGUCAAGUCAUAAGUCAAAAAUAAAUCCUUCCAGUAAAGUUAAAACUUCCAGAAAUAUUUCACAGGAAGAGGUUUGCGAAUGCCUUGCUGCACCCAAAGUUGAGCCUUCAAAUCCACACCCUUCCAAAAACAUGCCCAAGAAAACUGAAACUGGUGUGACCACACAAAAGCAGACAGAGGUCAAAUCUGAUCAAAGUCAGAUCUUUAAUCAAGAGCAAAUUUCUGAAACAAGUCAUAUGGCAUCAGUUGGACAGGCCAAAUCAUGCCAGUUUUCACAGAAGACAAAUGUAAAAGAGCAGCAAGUAAAACAAAAACAAAACCCUGGUCCUGUACUCAUAAAGAAACAAGUGGGAAAACAGACAGGCGAGAAAAAAGCUGAAAGUGCUGUUAUGUGCUCUGCUGAGUGUGACACAAAAAAUGCAAAACAAACAACUGAAACCACAAAAGAAACACAAGAAAUGAAAACAGUCACAAAGGUUCAGACCACAGUUACAACAGAGCACACCAACAUUACACAAAAGAAUACCAAGACUUUAAAAUCUGAACAAAAUGUGAAGAGUCUAAAGACUGAGCAGAACAUCAAGAGUCUGAACCGCAACUUGAAUCCAAAGGGAAUUAUCAAAAAGAAAUCCCAGCCAGAAAUUCACUUCCCCCCUCCUCCAUCUUCUCCUCCACCACCUUCUGAGUCUGAGUUCUCACUUCCUCCUCCUCCAUCUCCAGUCACAGAGCAUUACAUCUCACCUCAUUCUCAUCUGGUUAUGAUGCAGGAUAGCGACCCUUCCCUUCCACCACCACCCCCUCCACCUGCCAUUGAAGCAGAGACUGAGUUUUUUCCCCCACCUCCACAAGACCUCCUCCCACCUCCCCCAUCACAACAAGAACUCAACUCAGUGACCCAACCAAAUCCUGUAAAGCCCAAGGGUCGACCGCUGUUCAAAGUGCCCAAACCUGAACCUCCCAAGCAGCCUGAUCCACCUAAGGCUAAGUGGCAGAAAAAACAAACUGUUCCUGUCCCACCACCUCCCCCACCACCUCCACAACAGACUGUGGUUGAACAGAAGGAAAAAGAAGCUAAACAAUUUACUACAGUCAUAGAGGCCAAAGCAAAGGAGAAACAUGAUGGAAAUGCAAAGUCACCUGAGAUGCCACUUCCACCAGUCACCCUUGGGAUACCCACAAAAACCCCAGUAUACACAUCAGAGCCUGAGGAACUCCCUAGACCUAAAAAAGUAUUUAUCCCUCCUAUUAAACUUCCACCACCUCCAGAGCCUGCUAUUGAUCCAAAGCCCAGAUCUUAUGCAAGGAAAUUCAAAACACCACUCAUGCUAGCAGAAGAAAGGUACCGCAAACAAAGAGAGGAAGCUGAAAUAAGUAAGACAGUGUCUACUCCAACGUCUCCUCCAGAAAACAUUCUGAUUCAAAACUUUGAAGGGGUAAAUACUGAAGCAGGACUGACCACAGAGAAACUCACACAGUCACAGAUUUCAGUUGAAAAAGAGCAGGUAUGUCCUAGUGAACAAGAGCCAAUCACAGUGCCCAAAGUGGAAGUCACAGGAAAACAGGAUCCACCCACCCCAAAAACAGGUCACCCUCAACCACCACAAAAGGUCCCUACAACCUUUCAGUUAAGCAAACCUUCCUUUCCCAAAAUGGGUAAGAAAACUACUGUUAGUACUGACAAAAAGCAAGUGACUCAAGCUACAGCUGAAAUCAAAGUUCAGCCAACAUCAAGAGUCCCUCCUUUACCAGCAACUGAGCACACUGAGCAUGCAAAGGCAAGUUCCUAUACAACUACAUCCAAGCAAACCUCUACUCAAGUUCAAUCUAUGCAACAAAUAUCAGCAAAUGUUCAGUGCCAACCUAUUGACUCUAUAAAAGUUGAAGAAACUGUAACUGAAGAAAUAAAGAAGCCUUCCCAACAACCUACGAAGAUCCCAAAAGUGACCCCAAGCUUCAAAGUUAAAACAAUUAAGAUACCUAAUCAGGAAAAAGUGGAAGAAAGGAAGGAAUCAACCCAGAAAGAACAAACAGCUAUAUCUCAAGUAUGUGUAGAGCAGGUCUCCUCCAAAAUGGAAAAGCAAGAGCAAGUACAGCAAAGUACCAAUGACACCAAGCAGGAGAUAGAUCUGAAAAAAGCCAAACAAAAGCAACAGGCAGCAAAAAAGCAGCUGCCUGUUGUAGCACCAAAACCAUCAGUGGAGAUGCAUCAUAUUCUACCAGCCAUGUUGGAGGUCCAUCAGCUAGGGACAGGACAAACCACUGUUGUUCAAUCUCAGCAGGCUGUUAAGGAGGAACGUGUUUUGAUACAUGAAGAAAGGGUGGUCAGUCAAAGUUCAGUUCAGCAGCAAAGUACUCAACACAAGGGAAAAUUUCAGAUCAAGAAGCAAAUUAGGGGUUCUGAAAUGCCAGCCGGUGAAGUUGAUGCCAUUAAACAGCACCAACAAAAUGAGUCAUGUCAGGUGCAGAUUAAGGAAACUGCAGUUGAGACAUCAGAUCUCCAGAAAUAUGAGGAGAUGCAAAAAUUGCUGAGUCAUAUUAAGGUAAUGCAGGAAUCAGGAGGGAAAAUGGAUAUUAAGUCAGUCAAGAUAAUGUUAGAUAUGAUCCCAGAAUGGUUGCUAGGAACGGCCGAAAAGCUGGAACUAAGCCGUGCACAGUAUAACAAGCAAAAACUUCAGGAGAUUAUCAUGUAUGUAAGAAACCUUGUUCAAAUUAAACUUACUUUUUUAGAAGUAAAUUUGGCUGCAACUAAAGAUUAUUCUGAGUUUAAACCAGUAGAGGAGAAGAAAAUUGUUAGCGGCACAACAAAAAAAAUAUCAAAAAUAAGCAUUGGUUCUUCUAAAGUGGAAUCUCAGAAGAAAAUGAUGGAUAAGACUCUUCAAGACAUUAAAAACAGCGAUUACAAAACAAUGCCUCCAGAGCUUAGAAUGAGAACACCAUCUCCCACCUAUAUUUGCAUUGAGACUGCCAAAAGGACAGAUUCUCCUCUGCGGGUUACCCCCUCGCCUCCACCAUACAGAUCAGGUGCUACACCAACACCCCCAUCUCGUUGGUCUGAAACCUCUUCAAACAUUACCCGAGCUACACCCUCUCCAACAAUGAGUCAUUCAGAAAAGCUAGCCAAACUAAAAGCCACAACCACCAAGCUCUCUCAUAGUGCAUCCCCACUUCCAAUGGCUUUGCCUGAGCAAGUCAUAAUGCAAAGUGAAAUGGGAGAAUCUCACUCGUCCAGCCAUCAGGAGAUUAGUUUUGAGACCCACUCGACGGAGUCAUCUGUGCUGCAGUCAUCCAUGGAGGACUCAAUGAUGAGUGUAAAAGACAAGAAGGAGUUUUUUGAGGAGGCCCAAAGGGCAGAGAUGAACCGCAACUAUAUGCGGAAAGAUCCCAUUGAUAUUCCAGAACGCCUCGGGGCAGAAGAUGAUGAGUUAGAUAUCCCUAUUGACUUACAUGACAGAAUGAAAGAGGACAUGCCCAGGGUUGACCUGUCCAAACUUGUCAAUAAAUUUGAAACCCCACAGCCCAAAGUGUAUACAAGGAAGGAUCCAAUUGUUAUCCCUGAGAGACUUGGUAGUGAUACUGAGGAUGCAGAUAAUGAACCAGAGAAAAAAACUUCCCAGGUGGAAGAGAAGCCAUCCUUUGAUAUCAAGGCCUUGAAGAAUGUGUUUGAAAUGGGAGAGCAUGCCCACCAAUAUCUCCGAGAGGAUAGAAAAAACCUUGAUUUGCAGGAAGAAUUGACAGAACCCACAGGAUUCUCUGAGACAAAGUCUGUUACAGAGCAUUACUCAAAUGUCGAUGAGUUUGGUAACACAGUAAUGGGGUCAAGGAGCCAGAGUACCUCUCAUUCGCAUAGUGUUACCACACGUUGCGAUCCACCAACAUAUGCGGAUGUGGUACGAGGAAAAGUUCAUGUCCUGGACGUCCCACCUGAGGCUUCAGCAGAACAACUUUUGAAGAAUUUCCAGCAGUCCUGGGCCGAACGUGAAAAUGUUUUCAAGAACCUGGGAUUCAGCGUCUCAGAGCAGCAUACCUCUCAGAGUGUAUCACAUCAACAGCACACUGCCAUCACCGAAAAUAAGGGUUCCAGACAACGAACUUUGUCGGGUAUGUCGGAAGAGGGUGUAUCCCAUGGAGUCUCUCAUAGCAGACAAACAAAAUUUUCAUAAAACCUGCUUUAGGUGUGCCCACUGUAACAGCCAGCUCAGCCUAGGAAACUACGCCCCUCUCCAUGGACGAAUGUACUGCAAACCCCACUACAAACAGUUGUUCAAGUCCAAAGGAAACUAUGAUGAGGGAUUCGGAGAAAAGCCUCAUAAAGAACUUUGGAGUGCAAAAAAUCAGAAGAACACAUCAGAAAAAGUUAAUUUUAAUCAAGUUCCUCCAGU